UCCCAGCAUUCAGUGCAAUAAGCUAUAAAUUCUGGCUGUAACCUGUAAGGUUAUCAAGAGUGUUUCCUUGAAGUUGGUACUAAGCUCCAUGAAAGAUGCUGGUGCACAUUCUUCUCCUGCUGGUGACUGGUGGGCUCUCUCAGUCUUGUGAACCUGUUGUAAUAGUAGCCUCAAAAAACAUGGUGAAGCAGCUGGAUUGUGAUAAAUUCAGAAGCUGCAAGGAGAUCAAAGAUUCAAACGAAGAAGCACAAGAUGGAAUAUACACACUGACCUCUUCAGAUGGGAUAUCCUACCAGACCUUCUGUGACAUGACUACAAAUGGAGGAGGAUGGACUUUGGUGGCCAGUGUUCAUGAGAACAACAUGGCAGGGAAGUGCACUAUAGGGGAUCGCUGGUCCAGCCAACAGGGGAAUCGAGCUGACUAUCCAGAGGGCGAUGGCAACUGGGCAAACUAUAAUACAUUUGGAUCAGCUGGUGGCGCAACUAGUGAUGACUACAAGAAUCCUGGCUAUUAUGAUAUUGAAGCAUAUAACCUUGGGGUGUGGCACGUGCCCAACAAGACUCCCCUGAGUGUUUGGAGGAAUUCAUCACUACAGAGAUACCGUACAACAGAUGGCAUCCUUUUCAAACAUGGAGGAAACCUCUUCAGUCUGUAUCGGAUCUAUCCGGUGAAAUAUGGUGUAGGAAGCUGCUCAAAGGACAGUGGCCCAACUGUGCCAGUAGUGUACGAUCUUGGAAGUGCUAAAUUAACAGCUUCUUUCUACUCUCCAGAUUUCAGAAGUCAGUUUACCCCUGGCUAUAUCCAAUUUCGGCCAAUUAACACUGAAAAAGCUGCUCUGGCGCUAUGUCCGGGAAUGAAGAUGGAGUCAUGCAAUGUGGAACAUGUGUGCAUAGGAGGAGGUGGCUACUUUCCAGAAGCAGACCCUCGGCAAUGUGGAGACUUUGCAGCCUAUGACUUUAAUGGAUACGGAACCAAAAAGUUUAACAGUGCGGGCAUAGAGAUAACUGAGGCCGCUGUAUUACUUUUCUAUCUAUGAUCUGAAAUCUUACUAAAAAUAACUAGUACAAAAACAAGAAUAGUAAGUGCAUUGUUUGGCAACUUUAUUAAACCACAAUCCUGUCUUGAGAUAAAAAAAA